AUGUCCUUCCGCACAGCGCUGCCCAGAAGCCUGCCUUCUGCAACCCGAUCAACGACCGCCCGCGCAUACCGCCAAUCCCCCUCCUCCUCCUCCCCCCAGACAAUUGGAGCAUGCCUCUAUGCCUACCGCCGUAGCAGCAAUUGCACGAUCGCCAACAAGAGCCAACAGACCCGCUCAAUGGCUACUGCCGCUGCCGCCGGGCAUGCCAUUGCCAACCCAACGCUGGCUGGGAUUGAGAAGCGCUGGGAGGGCAUGCCGCCCCAGGAGCAGGCGGAGCUGUGGAUGCAGUUGAGGGACCGCAUGAAGGUCGAUUGGCGUGAGAUGACCCUGCAAGAGAAGAAAGCUGCCUACUACAUCGCCUUUGGCCCCCACGGCCCGCGCGCCGAAACCCCAAAGGGCGAAGGCCUCCGCGUCUUGAUGCAAGUCCUGAAAUACCUCGCCAUCUCCAGCGUAAUCUUCUUCACCGUGCGCUCGUUUGCCAAGUCACCGCCCAAGACCAUGACCAAGGAAUGGCAAGAGGCUACGAACGAAUAUGCCAAGAGAGAGAAAAUGGACCCCAUCACCGGUAUCAGCAGUGAAGGCUACUCGGGCAAGGGUCACAUCCAGAGCGCCCCCGCUAAGAAGGAAUAAUAGAUUCCCCUUUCAUCCUCCCCAUCUUCUUGCUCUUGUCGUCCCCGCGCGACUCCCGUGAUAUAUUAUUUUUUCCUCUUUUCC